AUGUUUUUCACCGAGCGCCUGAUGCUCCGUGGCAUCGACCCAGAAGUGGACAACGCAAUCUUUCUCCAAUGGACCAACAACGUGGAAUCGGUGAAUAGUAUCACGACAUCAGGUCCUCACCCAUGGUCACGCGAGAGAGCGAAGCAGCUGGUCGAGGGUCGAACGAAAAAUGCUGAUGCCCUACCUUGGUUCAUCAUCUGCGAAAGACCAACGCCCGAAAACGAGCCUGCUUCAGUUCUUGGCCCAAACGAUGACUACUACCGUACCGCAGAUGGUCAAGCUAGAUACCCGGCUAUCGGCAUGCUCACCAUGACCAAGAUCGGCGGUGCUACAGACGUGAGCAGAACAGUAGCAUUUGGCAUUCUGUUUGACCAAAGUCAUCAAGGAAAGGGAUUAGGCACCGAAGUUCUCCGCUGGUUCUGCAAUUACACCUUUUCGACUCUUGGUUAUCACCGCAUCGAGCUCCAAAUGGAUGCGAAGAAUGCCAAAGCUUCGAAUUGCUACCGGAAAGUAGGCUUUGUCGAAGAGGGAAGGCAACGUAAGAAGUUCUGGCUCGAGGGCGAGUGGAGAGACGUUGUCGGGAUGGCCAUGCUAGAGGAGGAAUGGUUCAAGGAGCAUCGUCUGCGGGAUGAUUGA